GCCUGGCUCCCUCAGUCUGCAGCCAUGCGGGGUUCGGGCUGUUGGCUGGGCCUGGGCCUCCUCGCAGGCCUAGCCCUCGGAGCAGCGUUGCCCCCUCCGUGCCCCAGUGAGAUAUUCUGCUUCGGAUCGCUCCUGCGGCAAGUACAGAUGGCCAAGCUCUUCCCAGACGACAAGGAGUUUGUGGACAUGCCGCUGAACAAGGGGCCCAGUGAAGUGCUGCAGGAUUUUAAUCAGCUGGAAGAGAGGGAAGGACCCAACCUGACCCAGGCCCAGCUGAGGGCAUUUGUGGGCAAACACUUCCAACCCGCCGGGCAGGAGCUGGAAACCUGGGUGCCGGGAGACUGGAAGGACAGCCUCCCGCUGCUGCAGAACAUCUCUGACCCCGAGUUGAGGGCCUGGGCCGGGGCCUUGCAUGGGCUGUGGAAGAUUCUAGGGAGAAAGAUGAAGGACGAAGUGAGGAUCCAGCCGGAGCGUUAUUCCCUCCUCCCCGCCAAGAACCCAUUCAUCGUGCCAGGAGGCCGCUUUGCUGAAUUUUACUACUGGGACUCGUACUGGGUGAUGCAGGGGUUGCUCCUGUCUGAGAUGCCAAGCACAGUCAAGGGCAUGCUGCAGAACUUCCUGGAUCUGGUGGAAGACUAUGGUCACAUCCCCAACGGAGGCCGCGUGUACUACCUGCAGCGGAGCCAGCCCCCGCUCCUGGCCCUCAUGAUGGACCGCUACGUCGCCCACACCCAGGAUACGGCCUUCCUCCGGGCCAACAUCCAUCUCCUGGAGAAGGAACUGGACUUCUGGAGGCAGAACCGCACGGUGACGGUGACCUUGGGGUCGCGCUCCUACAAGAUGUUCCGCUAUUACGUCCCCUUUGGGGGACCCAGGCCGGAGUCGUACAGCAAAGACGCGGAGCUGGCCGAGCCACUGGGCCAAGCGGAUCGGGAGGAGCUGUGGUCGGAGCUGAAGGCCGGGGCCGAGUCAGGCUGGGACUUCUCCUCACGCUGGUUCGACCUGCGCCAGGAGGCCGGCACCCUUCGGGACACGCGGACUAGCCACACGGUGCCCGUGGAUCUCAACGCCUUCCUCUGCCAGGCCAUGGGCCUGUUGGCCAAGUUUCACACCAUACUGGGGAACCAGACACAGGCCCGGGCCUUCCAGGACCAGCGGGCCGAGUGCCAGGCCGCCCUGAGCGCUGUGCUGUGGGAUCCGCAGGCUGGCACCUGGUUCGACUACAACCUGGCCAAGGGGCAGCGGCACCAGGCCUUCUUCCCCUCCAACCUGGCUCCGCUCUGGGCCGGCUGCGCCCCAGGCCCGGAGGAAGGGGACAGAGCAGUCAAAUACCUGCAGGACAGCGGUAUCCUGAACUUCGGGAAGGGGAUCCCGACCUCGCUGAAGCAGAGUGGGGAGCAGUGGGACUAUCCCAACGCCUGGGCCCCCCUGCAGGAACUGGUCAUCACCGGCCUGGCCGAGUCGGGGUCCGAGCGGGCCGGGGCCGCGGCCUUCGUGCUGGCCCAGAACUGGAUCAGGACCAACGUGGACACCUACAAGCGCCACAAACACAUGUACGAGAAGUACGACGUGAGCGGCGACGGGGAGCCCGGAGCCGGAGGGGAAUACCAGGUGCAGGUGGGCUUCGGUUGGACCAACGGGGUGGCUCUGCAGCUCCUGGCUCGCUAUGGCGACCGCCUGACAUCGGGGACGGGGCAGCUGGCCCUACCCCCAGUGGCCCUGAUCCUCGGCCCCCUCCUCUACCUGCUGUGCUGAAGCACUCCCCCUCGAGCCCCACCGCCUCCC